AAAAAUCAAUGUAUACGUGCACAAGAUUUUUAACAAAUUUAAAAAAAAUUUCUCUUCAUACUUAUUUACGCAUCUUUUUGAAGAUAUCUUAUGUUGAUUGAAUGACUUUUUUCAAUGACAUCGUAGUAAACUAAAGCCGAGUUUAUAAAACAAUAAAUAUGCUAAAACGAUUAAAUAUUGAAACAGUCUUUCAUCAAAUAUAAUAAUCAUAUAUAAUAAUAUAUACGUGUGAUAGCGAGUAGCAAUCAGCCAAAAAGACAGAGCUUAUUCAGCAGUCAGAAUUAGACUGUUUUGUGAACAAAACUUUCUUUGUCUUUUUACAUCAGUGUCAGUUUCAGUAGAGGAAAACAUACUCAGUUUGUUAAAAUUGCUAAAGAAAAAUGCAAGGAGAACUAAAACCAUUGAAAGAACAAGUGUUUACGACACCUAAUCAUUUAAUUUGUUACAUGUGCAAAAAGAAAAUGAAAAUGAAACGCAGCAGGUCUUUGUCUCCUGAAGCUUCAUGCAGUGAAGAAGAUAUGAAGCGCAUGAAACUUGAAGAGAAUGAUAAAAACAAUAUAAUAACACAUCCCCACAUAUUGGACUUUUCUGAUGAUGUUUUGCUAAAUAUUUUCAAAUAUUUAAAUCCUCAAGAUCUCAUGGCAAUAAGCUUAUCUUGUCAACGUUUAGCUCAAAUUGCACAAGAUAAAACUUUAUGGAGAAGAGUAGAUUUUCGGGUAACACCGAUUUUACUAAACGAUUUAAAAGAGUACAUUAAAUUUUUUCAACCAAUGACAGUGAGUCUUGCUAUUCGUGGUAGUUUACAGUGCGAAAAAGAUGCAGAACUUAGUCCUUACUUUUUUAAUUCUAUCAAAAAUUUAUGUACUCAGCUUAAAGAAUUAACAAUCGAAGAAUAUUAUAUUAAUGGGGAUAAGAUUCAGAUAACCGAUUUUCCCCGUACCGUCGAAAAACUUUCGUUAGAGGGUUGCAAAAUGGGAUAUUUACGUGGUAAUAAGUCAUACUUUUUUAAAAUGAAUUUCCAUAUGCCUAAUUUAACAUGUUUGAUUUUAAGCAAUUGUCAGUGGUUUACACCACAUUCAUUGUUAGUUAUUAGUAAAAUGCCAAAGUUAAAAGAAUUAAGGCUAAAUUCAUGUCAUCGUCUGGGUGAAUGUGUUGCUUAUACCAGUUUAGCUACAAGAUUCGGAUUUAAAACUUUAGAGAUCCUUGAUUUGCGAGAUACUGCACUUGGUGACAGUGAAGUUGGAUGUUUUAGUUGCACUAAAACUUUAACUCAUCUUUAUCUUGAAUGUCCUUCCAGUUUACGGAAUACAGAAUCAUCAGAUCAAGAAUCAAGACCUUUGCAACCAGAAGGUUUGAAUCAACCUGUGUAUGAAGAUGAAAAUCUUGUGCAAUUCGUGGUGGAAGACGGAUUUCGUUGGGAGAACUAUACGUUUGGUCGUUGCUUAAUAACGGACAGAGCAAUUUGUGCUCUCGGAAUCGACACGUGCGAUCGCAAAAUAAUUAACAACUCAGCAGAAGGAGUUAUAGUUGUGGAAGAAGAUAAACGAAUAUUUAACAAUCCACACUUAAAAACAUUGGUUGUUAGAAAUUAUCCAUAUGUUACUAAUUCAAGUCUCGUACAUUUGGCGUUAAAUGCGUCAAGCCUCGAAUAUUUAGAUGUAAGUGGUACUUCUGUUACAAAGCAAGGUGUUGAAAGUUUUAGAUCUCGGAGAUCGAAUGUCAAAAUUGUCUCUUCAUUCGACGAAACAUAGUUGAAACGAACUACUACAAAAAUGUGGAUCUAGUACGAUUAACAGGUUUAAAUAUCUGAUUGAUACAUAUUUAAACAUAAACAAACACAAGCAUUUGAAAAGUACAGAGUCAUUUUGAAAGCUUCAAUGCCAAGAUACUUUUACAGUUGAAUAGAUCUAUUUUCCGCAGAAACUGAAUAUAUCUAUAAGAGUUAGAAGUAUACAAUUUUUUACUUUAAUUAGAUAGUAUAUAUACAUAUAUACAUAUAUAUAAAUUAUCUUGAUUUACAUCUUAAUUUUACAAUCUCCAUGUGUGUUCAAUGUAUUUAUUCGUAUGUGUUGCAGUUCCAUUUUGUUGUAUAUAAGUAUAUGUGUGCAAUUUAAUAAUAUUAAAUUUUAUGAUAAUGUUUCUUAGAGCAACAAAAUAAAUAUAUUACUUUUUAUUGAUAAUAGUGAAAUGUUAUUAUCAAAACAAAAAAUAUUAGUAUGUAUGGAACAUUUCAAAUUCGACAUUUGGAGAGGGGUUAAUGAUACACAAUAUAAGAACUGUAAAAAGACGUACAGUGGAUAAAAGUUAUUUAUUAAAAAAAAUGAAAGGUAUGGGCACGUGAUUGUAAUAUUUGAAACAAGUUAUUAGUUUAAUAGUUGCGAUAUAUAUGUGUAAAUUAAUUGCUUAAAGAACAUAGACUGUAGACAAUGUUUUCUACACUGGUCACUAUUAUACAUAUAAACAUAUAUACAUUUAUACCAGUACAUUUUUUGUUAUCAAUUUUUGCGUAAAAAUUAAUUUAUACGAGCAUUAGAAUGAUAA